AAACAAACAAAACACGACAAAUAUUCAACGGCACACGGACAUGACUAAGGCGCAGUGUUUGGUAAAGAUGUUGUCCUGUGUUUCUUAAUGUCAUUGUUACUCAAGAAGACCUAUGACUUUGCAGACGAUGAGAGGAAUGUAAUCUCCACAAACAUAAUCAUUUUUUUAUAUAUAUGCUUCAUGUAUAAUCAGGGUCACAUGUUAAAGAUCUUAGGGCAUAAAUGUCACUGAAAUGAAAAAAUAUCGUUUUUAUUGGUUGGACAAAAAAAUGCCUUAUUGAUAAAAAAAAUCAAAUGCAGAAGUUCAUUUCUGACUGUUUGUUUUGUGGCAUCAGGGGAAAACCACCACGUUGUUGUCCGUUUAUCUAUUUCCUGUUAAAGCUUGAACUGGGCAGGUACUAAGUGGUACACAGUACUUUAAUAGUGUAGUGUACAGACGCAUGUUCAUCUCGCGCUGGUGCACAGUUCUGCGUUCCUCUGUGUACAGAACCAAGAAAUGUUCUCGCAGAACGGCAGCUCUCAGAACAUCUCAUCUUGAGUUCUGGCAUCUAUUCUUUUUAACACUUAUUAAGACGGACAAGAAUUAAUGCGAAAUAUGUUUUACCACUAGGAUCAAUGAUGAACGACACAUCGCCGACCAACUACACAGCUCAAUUCACAGAGCCCUUCAGAAUCACCUUGAUCACCAUCUACAGCAUCGUGCUGCUGGCGGGCUGCACAGGUUUAACCCUCAUGAUGAGCAUAUUAAAAACCAACAUUCGUUCAUUGACCACCACCGUCUUCCUCAACCUGAUGGUCGCACACUUUCUAUUCCUGCUGACUGUUCCCUUCCGGAUCUACUACUACGUGUCCCUAAAGUGGCCUCUGCCCCACUCCUUAUGUAAAAUGGUCAGUGCCAUGAUCCACAUCCACAUGUACAUGGUGUUCGUAAUCUACGGCAUGGUUCUUACGCUUCGUUUUCUGCAAUAUUACAAGAAGACCCAGCGCACCGAGUUUUACAGACGUUUGCACGCUGUGGGUGCGAGUGCCUGUUUGUGGUCCAUCUUGUUGGUGGUCAUGCUGCCGACCGUGCUGUCUCAGUACGGCCACAAGGAUGGAAACAAGGAGACAGAGCAGUGCUUUAAUUUCGAUGAUGUGCUAAGUCACCAAAACAUCUACGCCCUGAAUAUGACCUUAUCCAUCUUCAUUGUCGCCGUGUCGUUCAUUCUGACCUGCUUCCAGACCAUCGUCCUGUGGUCAUUCACACGCAAACACGGCGCCACCAGUCGCUUCCAGCAGGAGUUCUGGGUCCAGAUGAAAAACCUUUGCUUUGUGUUCAUCAUGCUUAUCUGCCUGGUGCCGUAUCACCUGUUUCGGAUACACUAUCUGAACAAGACUGAAAAAACGCAUCAGAUUAACGAGGUGUUCUUGGCCAUCACGGCACUCACCUGUUGUGACAUGCUGACGUUCACAGGGAAGGGCAUGUGUCACAUGUGCUGAACCUAAAGCUUAAGAACACUAUCACAGACUUUAUCGACUGCAUCCUAAAUGUUCAAUAUGUAGUUCCUUAUGUAGUUUCACGCAUGAUACAUCUGUCGUGUGACAAUAAAAUGAUGUGUGGUGUGCUUGUUCACUUACACAAUACUAAGAACAACCGCAAAAAUAUUUGACAAAAGAACAAACAAGUGCACAUUAUACCACGAGGAAUACAUUUGCUGUUUCUUGUAUCAGUUGUAAUGACACAGAUCUGCCCGGCUCACAGUUUUCAUUUCAUUUGUAAACUUCGAUUUCUACCCGGCUGUUCUUCAGCUCCUGUGGCUUUAUGGGAUGGAAAAGUGUCCAACCAAUGCUUACUGGGAAAUCUCGGCGGAGAUAGUAGAGCAUCCGGAUAUUUCUCAUAUAGCAUACUGUGUUUGCUGUGCUUUUUAUAUAGAAUGAAAAGUGGCGACUCUUGUUAUUAAUUUUUUUCUGAAAUUGAUUUAAAACAUACAAAAUACUGUUUAACACUCAUACAUUUUAAUAGCACCUGUUGAAAUAAUGAAGUAAGCUUUGAAUUAAGGCAACAAAAUUGUCUGAUGGAAGGUAAACAGGGUAAAUAAAAGAUGCAGCCUCACCAAAAUGA